AUGUUUAAUUUUCUCUAUAAAGCUAUCAUCCAUGGAACUAGUUGUACGAUUAGAGGCAAAGCCCAUCAGAACUUGUAUACUUUAGAAACCCACGAAGCAUUAUUAGUUAGAUGCAUUUCAAUUUCAAGCACUUCAAAUUCAAACCAACACUCAUUCACACUCUCAUACCUCAUAAAAUCAUGUGGGUUCUCAUUGGAAGCUGCUGUUUCAGCCUCUAAAUAUGUUAAUUUCGAAAACCCAGAUAAAGCAGACUUAGUCGUUAGCUUUUUCAAGAAACAUGGUUACUCACAAUCUCAAAUCUCAAAAAUCAUCACUGGACACCCUCCAGUUCUGGUAUCUGAUCCUCACAAGACCCUUUUGCCCAAAUUGCUGUUUUUUCAAUCCAAAGGCUUUACAAGCUCUGACAUUGCUACAGUCUUGUGUGGACAACCACAAAUAUUGAAACGGAGCUUGAAAAACCACAUAAUCCCUUCUUUUGAUUUCCUUACGAAUUGGCUUGGAACUGUUCAGAACAGUAGCAUAGCUAUUAAACGUUGUCCGGCUAUUUUAAUCACGAAACUUGAUACUUGUGUGGUUCAUAAUGUCAAUCUUCUGCGAGAAAAUGGAGUUCCUGAAUCGAAUAUACGGGCCUUACUUAAACAGAAUCCUAGAGUUAUUGUGUCAUAUCGAUUGAAAGAAAUUUUAGAGAAAGUAAAGGAAAUAGGAUUCAAUCCUUUGAAGUUUCGUUUCGUUCAUGCUGUUUAUGCGAUGGUGGGAGUGAAUAAAUCCAAAUGGGAGAGGAAGAUAAAAGCUUAUAAGAGGUGGGGUUUGUCUGAGGAAGAGAUUCUCUUAGCAUUUAGAACGAGCCCCCACUGUAUUCUAGCAUCUGAGGAUAAGAUCACGCGGAUAAUGGAUUUUUUAGUCAACAAGAUGGGUCUGGAGGCUUCCCUUAUUGUCAAACGCCCAGAACUCGUUUCUAAUAGCUUGGAAAAGCGACUUAUUCCUAGGGCUUCGGUCAUUGAAGUUUUGCUAUCAAAAGGUUUGGUGGUGAAGAAGAAUAUAUACUUUCCUACAAUUUUUCAGUCUUCAGAGAAGUCAUUCCUGCAGAAGUUCGUGACACCAUAUAGGGAGGAAGUGUCUGACCUGUUGAAGCUAUACAAGGAAAAAUUGGAUCUUUCAAAAAUGACUACAAAACAAAAUAUGUAUCGGUCAAGGAGCGGGAUGAAAUAA